AUGAAGCACAAGAAAGUCAAGGACGAGGAAGUGGAAGAUGAUUUGAGGAACUGUGACUACGAGAUCAAGGAGCAGGAUCGGUUUUUGCCCAUUGCCAACGUUGCCAGGGUGAUGAAGCUGGCGCUCCCACCGCACGCUAAGCUUUCAAAGGAGUCCAAAGAAUGUGUUCAAGAGUGUGUUUCAGAGUUCAUUAGUUUCAUAACGUCGCAGGCGGCCGAUAAAAGCAAGCUCGAGAAACGCAAGACGCUCAAUGGUGAAGACAUGCUUUGGGCGAUGUUCACUUUAGGGUUUGAGCACUAUGCUGAAACGUUGAAGAUCUACCUUGCCAAAUAUAGGCAGUAUGAGCAGAUGGAGGCGGAAAGAAGGCAAGCGGGCCGGUCUCGGAAAAGAUACGCUCGUGACAGCGAUAGUGACGAGUUGAACGAGAUGGCGUACGAGUUGACUCCAGAGGAUUAUGUCGAUUUCAGCGCUGACUUUGACUACCUCGGGCAGGCUAGUGGAUGA